AUGCAAAAAGCUAUCCUGGUUAGUCUCCUUGGCUUUGCAUGGGCUCCGAGCACUUUAGCAAGUCCGAUCGUUUCUACAAGCCCUACAAGCAUUAUCGUCACACACCGUGCUUCUGAUAUUUUUCCUGAGUUCGAGGGCGAUCUGAGCCCCUUCGACGUAGAUGUUGAAUAUGUCGGCUACGAGGCUGAGACUCGCUCCUGGCUCGCUUCUCUGGACCCCAGCUCGGGAAACACCGACGAGGAAAAGGCUGUCCUUUUAACCGAGGCAGCCUACGCUCAGAAGUUCGACGCAAAUGACCCAGGCAUGGUCGAAGAUGUUCACGAUCUGUUAGCCGCCUUGGGAGGCAACCCAACUGCCAUCGAGACAAGCGCUGACCCUAGAUACACUCUGAGUUCGCGACAUGCUAUAAACUGGCCGAAAUGUGCUAAUAUUCUGUCUUGUCUAUCUGGAACGACGUGUCGCUUUUAUCUUGAUAUUGGAAAGGCCCCUCGCAGCCGCUGCGAGUCCCGGGGAAAAUCAAAUUGCUGCAUCAGCUGGUCCACCUACCAUGUUAAAGCUUCUUUCUUCUCUACUACAUGGACUUCCUGCAACAGCAAGGUCAGUGCAGAACACAGAUCUAGUGCCUCUUGCCAGGGCCACGGUGGCUUUGCCCAGGGAGGUGAUGUUUGUUUGAGCAACCGCGCCAACGGAUGUACCUGA